UCGGAGCUGGUUGAUGAAGUAUUUUCCUUGUUUAAAAGAUAUCUUAAUACUAAACUUGGGGCACAAGGGAAACUAAUACAAGGUCAGUCGAAAAUACAGAGGUCCUCCUAUGCAUUCAAAUUCAAAGGUAACGGGAAACAAUUCGAGGUUAACGCCAAACUAGGAAAGUCUUCUCUCCAGAAUAAAGGCUAGUGCUGACGACCUAAGUCAGGUUAAUACCUUAGUACAGGAAGCUCAGCAGCUUAUUCGCAAGAGGCAGAAAUUAAUACAGAUUGUGGACCACAGAAAAGACGGUUGGUUGGUUGUUCACGAAUAUGAGUCAGACGACCUCACUUCAAACUUCGAAGACUAG